AUGUCUUUGCAUAUCUAUAUUGCUCAUUCCGGUGAGCAUUUGCUGGCGGAUCCGGUCGCUUUUGCUUCGCCGGAUUCCUUAAAAGCAUGGAUUGUUCGAAAUGCCUCGAUUCCGCCAACCAGGCAGAUAUUGAUGACUGCGCGAGGGAAGAAUGUCAAGACCCAAACGCUCGCCACCGAGACCGAGAUCUUUGUCUAUGACCGGCAGUACGUGAGCGAACCCGCCGACUUUGAGCUCCCCGAGCUUCCUGCCCCGGAACCAUUUCAACCACAAAGCCCCCCAGCCUCGCUGACGGACCAAAACGACCUACAAUCAUGGCGGAACUUAUUCAUGACAAGGAGGACUUGGGCGAUGGAUCUAUCUACUCGCUGUGGAUCGAUGGACAAGAACAUCAAGGAGCAUAACGAGAGGACUGAUGUCAUCAACCGUGCCGUGGGUGUUGCGCUGGAGAACCUCAAGUCGCACGUGGGCACACUGGAACAUCGCUUCCAGGAGGCACAGUCGUGGGCAAAUAAUCUCCUUGAGGAGCAGCAGGCUGCCCUCGACGGCUGGCAGCGCGCUCUUCAGACGCUGGAGAACAUUCCGGCUCGGAAGGACUUCCCUAUGCUCGGGCGCCCAUCCACCCCCAAGAAAGACAAGGAUCAGCCUACGGGCACGCUGCGGGACUUUAUCGAUAUCAAUGAGGUUCAGCAAGCUGGCUCGGAUGCGGCAGUCGUAUCCCCACGCUUUGCAGGACAGGCUCGGGACCUUGAACAGGCUGUCGGCGAUAUCGCUGCGGAUACGCAGGCUUUGGUGGACGAGGUGGUUCCCGUAUCAGUUGAUGACGAGGAUGGCUUGCUUGAGGAGGUGGAAACCCUAGCAAAGAAGAUUGGUUCCGAUUACGAACAUGUUCUCGGCUUGCCUAAUAACCAGAAGAUGCUGGCCAACGUCUCUAGGCUCGCGCUCAACCAUACUCAGAAUCUGCUGCCUUCCUUGUUGGACCUCAGUGGCGAUCUUUAUCACGCCUUGGAGCAAGCAGUCGGUCGACGUGCCACUGCCGAGAGGACAGCCUUACAGCACAUGCGCACGAUCUCAUUCAUUGAGUCACGCCUUGCCGAUGCCCAUACACAGCUUGUCAAUUUUGGGAUCGAUAGCAAUGCGUUUGAUAUCCUCUACGGUGUUUUUCAAAUGCCAAUGCUCUACGGAUCGGUCCUCAUCGAGUCUGUCCGGCGGCAUGAGUGGAAUGAUAAAAUCAAAUCCGACGCUUUGACUCUAGCCGAAGAGAUGGCCAUUUUGAGAGAUGAAGAACAGCGCCGUCGGAAGAAAUGGGUAAAAACCAUGGGUGAUUUUAUCUCCUUUGGAGACUCUACAACGCCAGGAAUCGAGAUCAAUCUCCAGGGCCAAGAUAUGGACUGGCCUGAAGUCAACCGAACCGAGAUUGAAGCAUAUAUCGAAGACCUGCGGAAUAAGCACUCCUUGUCGAAUAUCGCAGGAGAUUUAACCCAGCAAUUCAAGGACCUUGAUGCACCAAGUCGCAAGCUAAAUCGACGAGCUAAAGCGUUCAAAAACGGGAGCGUCUUCGACUUAAGUCGGAGCUCUAUGCUCCUACGCGGUGACGACAUGGUUCGAAGUCUGCAAGAGGAAAAGGGGAAAUUGGAGGAGAGGCUAAAGGGCUCUGACAGUCGCAUUCGUAAAUUGGAAGACCUUCUCCAUCGCCAGAGCCACAUGAGUCGGCCCUCGAGCGGUAACUUUGGACAUGAUUUCCCCAUCUCGCCUGCGUCGCCGCACCCCGAUGCCCUCUCAAGGCGCUCUUCUGUCUCGUCGAGGCGUGUCUCGAUGACCCAGUCCCCCGAGGACAGAGCUUUGGUCCAACGUAUUGUCUCUCUUGAAGCGGAGCUCAAUGUGGAGAGAGAAACAGUACAAAGACUUCACAAAGAAGCUCAUGCAGAGCGUCAGUCAAGCUCCGACAAGUACCAAGAGGCUCAAUCCACGAAACAAGAUCUCAUUGGGAAUCUCGAAGCGCGACAACGCGAGUUCGAAGAUGAGCGAAGAUACUUGGAGGCAGAGGUCAAAAAGUUUAGACUUCGCACUGAAGAAGUGGAAGAAGAGCUAGACAGAAUUGUUGAUAGUCGGGAGCACGAGAAGCAAGAGGUCGACGAGCGAAUUCACCAGCUCGAGACUGCCCUGCAAACCGCUCAUGAUAACUCUGCCGAGGCAACUCGCAAACUGAGUGAUCUCAAAGAGCGUGUUGAAUCGUUUGAACAGGAGGAACAGCAGCUUCGAGCGAAGAUUGAAGAUCUCGAGCGUCAGCGUGGCGAAUGGACCCAGAAAGACCAGGAGCAUUACAGCGCUCUACAGUCGGCCUUUAUGCUUCUGUCUCCUGGAGGAAUUGUUCCUACUGAAGUUCAUGGUAUUAUCAAAGCUAUCGAGGUCCUUUCUGAAGGCUUGUCUAUCCAUGCCAAGAGUGCAGAAGACAGCGCUUCAAAGUUGAUGACUGAGAACAAGGCCCUCGAGGAGAGAAUAUCUCAACUAGAGUAUGAGCUCGAGGGACGGUUGAAGGUUGCCGAGGACCGCGAGGCCGAAAUCGCCCGAUUGACGCAAGAGCUCAAGAAAGAAAAGUCGAACGUGGACGUUGUUAAGGCUGAACUAGACCAAGAACGAUUCCGGCUAAAUACAUUGCAGUCUCAAGUUUCAGCUGGCGAAAGUGGUUCUGACGCCCUUCGAGAGCAAAUUGCCGAGGAAGAGCGGAAGCAGGCAGACUUGACGCAGAAAUUGGCUGAUGCGGAAUCUUACGCCCAGGAUCUAAAAUCCAAGGAGGCAGACUGGGAGAGAAAGAUUGAGGAAGUAUCCCAAGCACGACAGCAUGCUGUGGCUCGACUGGAUGCCCGAGGUACCAAGUCUCACGACCUGUCCAAGCAACUGUACUCACAGGUUGAGAAACUGGAGCGCAUGCUUGAACAGCUCGGCUUUGCCAUCAUCCAACAGGAUGGCCGGUUGAUUGUCCAGCGUGCAUCCAAGCUUAGCACCUCAUCUAGUCUAGGCGAAAGCAUUGCUCAAUCGGGUAUUGUCACGGCGAGACCAGACUCGAGCCUUUUGGGCUGGAUGCACGCAGACAGCCCUGAAGACGAGGAGACUAGAUUCACAGCUUUCAUGGAGAGCCUACACCAUUUCGAUGUCGCCGUCUUCGGAGACGUGGUGGUCAAGCGUGUCAAGGACAUCGAGAUAUUGGCCCGCAAAUGGCAGAAAGAAGCCAAGGGCUACCGAGAGAAAUAUCACCGAGUCCAAAGUGAAGCGCACGAGAAGAUCGCCUACCGAUCCUUCAAGGAAGGUGACCUUGCCCUGUUCCUCCCAACGCGCAAUCAAGCCAUCCGUUCCUGGGCCGCUUUCAAUGUUGGUGCACCACACUAUUUCCUACGUGAGCAGGACUCUCACAAACUGCAAACACGCGAUUGGCUACUGGCCCGUAUCAGCAAGAUCGAGGAACGGGUCGUCGAUCUUUCCAAAUCUUUGAACGGCGUCGCCCCCGACCGACGCUCUCUCGGCGAUGCCAGCGACGGUGCUUCCAUCGACGAGAAUCCUUUCGAACUAUCCGACGGCCUACGUUGGUAUCUCCUCGAUGCCACGGAGGAAAAACCUGGUGCCCCGGCGACCCCUGGCCUUGCAAAGAGCACUGUUGCAUCCGCCCAUGUCGACGCGAAAGGAAGCAUUCGUCUCAAACGGCCCAAGGAAGAGAGUACCGUCGCGCAAACCUUAUCCAGAAGUCUCGAGAGCCGUCGCAAUAGUUCAAACUCGAAACGAGGCACGCCUACGCCCUCACAGAGAGCCAGCGACUCCGCUUCCGACCUAGUUCGCCCAGCCGAAGCAGACGCCAACUCCCAGCCUCGCGAGUCUGCCCCAAUCUUCGACGAGGUGCGCCGUGACCUGCUCCUCGGCCCGUGA